AUGGCUUCGCCGUCUCCAUCAGUGAAAAGAAGGGUUGCCGGGGAUGAAGAUACCACUGGGGGCGUGCGCGUCGCCGAGGAAGGAGAAAUGUGCGACGGAGCAGACGACGGAGUUGGAUCGUUUGGGGGCGAAGGCUUUGCAGGGAUGAAGUCGGACGAGUACGAUUUACAGGAAGAUGAAACAGAACACGACCAUCAUGAAGAGGCCGAUGUCGACAAUGGGGAUGCGGUUGAAAUGGAAGACAGUUUGGACGGCGUCGGGGGAAUCGAAUCGAUAGGUUGGAUUGAUUUUUUGAACUUGAGUGAUGAGGAUGUUCUCUGCUUUAAUUUCGCAGAUGUUGACAUUGCAUUUGAGUUCUACCAGCAAUAUGCAAAGCACCAUGGCUUCGGCGUGAGACGUUCCAGAAGUGAAAAAUGCGUCAAAUUAAGGAUACGGCAGGAGUUCGUGUGCCACCGACAAGGGUACCGAUCCUCGAAGUUCUACUCGAUGCCUAACCGGCAAAAGAGGCCGAGGGCCGAGACACGGUGUGGAUGCUCUGCAAAGAUGCUACUCCGCAUGGACGAUGAAUCAGAACGUUGGCACGUUGCGUACUUUUUAGACGCGCAUAACCACCAUGUUCUUAAGUUGCGAUUUUCUUCCAUGCUCCCAGGCCAUCGGAGGAUGAGCGAAGCGGACAUCGAGCAGAUGAACGACAUGCGCAAAGGGGGCAUUGGCGUCUCGCGAAUCCACGGUUUUAUGGCGAGCCUAGCCGGCGGGUAUCAUAAUGUCCCGUACACAACAAGGGACAUGCACAAUGUUUUUGGAGACGUGGUUGCAUUUGAUGCAACGUACAAGAAAAACGUUUACCUUUUACCUCUUGUAGUAUUCUCCGGUGUGAAUCACCACAACCAAAUGGUUGUCUUUGCUGCUGCACUGGUGGCAGACGAGAAAGAAGAGACCUAUGUCUGGCUGCUUCAACAGUUGCAAACUUCAAUGAAAGGGAAGGCUCCCGUGUCCAUAAUAACCGAUGGUGACAGAAAAAUGAAGUCUGCGAUCGAGCAAGUUUUUCCAGAGGCUCACCAUUGA